AGACAGGCAGGCAGGCAGGGUCGGGCUAGGGGACAACAACGGGUCCAAGUUUGAUUUAAGUAACCUUUGCCUCGGAGAGCCAUGAACGGAGACUAUACGAAGAUCGAGCUUGACGACCAGCCUCGGGGCCCUGGAGGCAGUGGGGAGGGGACCCCACAGCCCGCCCCGGCUGACAGCUCGCCAGGCCAGGAGAACAGGGACCCAGAGGGGAUUAACCAGCACCUCAAGGUGGAUUUUGAGCAAUUGAUCGGAGAACCGGAGAGCGCCCACAGCUUUGACAAGGUCUGGGCGUGGAGCAACAUCUCCUUCGAGGUCUGCAAGCUCUGGGGUUACCGUGUCAUCUCUCUGCUGUGUGCCAUCCCGGCCUCCAUCGCUGCUGGCUGCCUUUUCGCAUUCGCCAGCUGCCUGCACAUCUGGUGCCUGGUUCCCUGUGCCCGGAUGUGCCUCCUGUGCCGGCCCACCUGGCAGAGUUUCUGCCUCAUCGUGACGGAUGCCGUCGUUGCUCCCUUCUGCACCAGCGUCAGCCACUGCUGCCGCCGCGUCCACCUGCGGCUGGCCCGCCUCUAGCCCCAGGCAGCCCCACCCCACCCAGCCCCACUCGCAGUGGGUCUCGGUCAAACAGGCCCUGGGCCCAUUACUUUGCGCUGAUCUUCUAACCCUCCCCUCCCACAUAGUCCUCCCGUUUUCUGUCAUCUGUGUGCUUAUCUAAGAGUUUCUUAAAUGUCCCUCAUGUACGCAUACCAUCCCUGACAGGGCAUUCCAUGUACCCACCACUCUCCAUGUAAAAAAAAGAACUACCUCUGACACUCCCUCUAUACUUGCCUUCAAUCACCUUAAAAUUAUGCCCCUUCUUAUUAGCCAUUUCUGCUCUGGUAAAAAGUUUCUGGCUGCCCACUCUAUCUAUGCCUCUUAUCGUCUCGUACAUGUCUGUCAAGUCACCUCUCACCUUCCUUCGCGCCAGGGAGAAAAGCCCUAGACCACUUGACCUAUCUGCAUAAGACAUGCUCUCUAAUCCAGGCAGCAUCCUGGUGAAUCUCCUCUGCACCCUCUCUAAAGCUUCCUGGACACGCUUCACACUUCACACACCCAUCUUUGCCCCACCUACUGCCCCUCUGCUGCUCACAGGGGUACUCACACCCUCCCUCCCAGAACCCAACUCCACUAUCCAGUCCCAGCCCCCACCCCCAGUCAGUGCAGUUGCCCCACACGAGGUUUAGCAAUGGUCCCAAUGUUGAGGCUGGGGGAGUACAGAUGAUGCUCAUUCCUCAGUCCCCUGCCUGGCGGAUGGUGAGGAUGCCCAACCACUGGAGGCAAAGGGCAUCGAAGUGAGAGGCGACAAUGAGAGAAGAGAGGCAGCCCCCGCCUUCUGGCAGGUCCCUCCAUCCUGGGACACCAGUUUCUGGCCACGAACUUUUAGCUUGAUGUCACCAUGAACCAAAGGGAUCAUCCUUUCCCUCCCCACCCCUUCCCUCUCCCCCCCAAUGCUCCUUCCCCUUCACUGCUCCUUCCCCCCAUUACCCCUCCCCCUCCCCUUCCCCCUCCCUUCACAACCCCUUCCCCUCCCCCUCACCGCUCCUUCUCCCCUCUCACAGUCCCUUCACCCUUCCCCUUGCUGCCCCUAUCCCUUUCCCUCACAGCCUCUUCCCCUCCCCACCCACAGCCCCUUCCCCUCCCUCUUACAGGCCCUUCCCUUCACUGUGUCUUCCCCCACCCCUCGCUGCCCCUUCCCCCUUCCCCACCCCCCACAGUCCCUUCCCCUUCCCCUCAGUGCCAUCUCACGUCCCACGAAACUGUUUGGCUCGUCGAGUCUGCUGCUUCAUUCACUCAGGAUUAGGCCAUUCAGUCCUUCUCCUGCCCUUCCCCUAUAACCUUUAGCGCCCCUGCUCAUCGUGAGGCAAUCAAGCUUGGCCUCCGCAGCGGUCCGAUACAAUGAAUUCCUCCUCAUCUCGUCUCUGUUCUAAAUGGGUGUUCUUUGUUUUCUGAGGCUGUGUCCUUUGGUCCUGGACUCUUGGACUCUCCCCACAAUAAAACUAUCCUCUCCAUGUCCACUCUAUCUCUCCCCUCACUAUCCCUUCUCUCUGCUCACCAACCUCAUCUCCCUAUCCCACCUCUCCCCUCCCUGCCCCUCACUACCCCUCUCCUCCUCUCCCCUCCAGCCACCGGCUCGCUGGGCUUACUCAGGCUCCCUUGGCUGUGCCAAGACAGGAGGUGACGGGGACCCCGAGCCAGUCCAGUUCUGACCCCCAGGUGCCGGGCGAUAGAGAGACUCCCAGUGUAGGAUGAACCAUGGUGUCAGGGGAACCUAUGGGUCAUUUUGUAAUAAAGUUACUAUGAUGGUAAUUGUGUCUCUGUUACUA